GUCUUUUACGGGAGUGAUACUCCGACCCGCCAUCUCUCGUACUGUGACAGGGAGAAAAGUAAAUAGUUCGGUGAAAGAUAUAAAUACUGUAUAUGGGGGGCUUUCCCAUGGUUUUUACGGCACGCAUACCUAGGUCAAUCAAUCACUUUCGACUUGAGCAUCACGAUGAAGGUUCAACAGCUACUAUUCGCAGCAUUGGCUGCUUCCGGCGUGAACGCUGGCCCUCUAGUUGGACGACAGAACGGUGCUUUCGACAGUCCGCCUUACUACCCGUCGCCUAAGGGCGGUUGGAUCGCUGACUGGAGCGUUGCCUAUGCGAAGGCCGCCCAGAUGGUUGGCCAGAUGACACUGGCCGAGAAGGUCAACAUCACUACGACGAUCGGAUGGUCCCAAGGACUCUGUGUUGGCAAUACCGGCCCCGUUGACCGUCUCGGGUUCCCCUCGAUCUGCGCACAGGAUGGACCUCUGGGGAUACGGUUUGCCGACCUGAUCACCGCCUUCCCCCCUGGAAUCACUACGGGUGCUACUUGGGACGAAGAACUCAUGUACGCUCGUGCUGCCGCCAUGGGCGCCGAGGCCAAGGCGAAGGGAGUCCAUGUCCUCCUGGGACCUUCCGUUGGACCCAUCGGAAGGUCCCCCGACGGUGGCAGGAACUGGGAAGGAUUCGGUUCCGACCCGUACCUCCAGGGAGUCGGCGCUUUCGAGUCCGUUCGCGGUAUUCAGGGCGCCGGUGUCCAGGCUACCGUUAAGCACUACAUUGCCAACGAGCAGGAACACUUCCGUGGUGAUGGAUGGGCCCACAACACGGUCUCGUCGAACAUCGAUGACAGAACCCUCCACGAGCUGUACCUUUGGCCCUUCAGCGAGGCGGUGCGAGCCGGUGUGGCAUCGGUCAUGUGCUCCUAUAACAUGGUCAACGGUUCCUACGCCUGCUCCAACAGCAAGCUUCUCAACGGCGUGUUGAAGGACGAGCUCGGCUUCCAGGGCUACGUUAUGGCUGAUUGGCUUGCCCAACGCUCGGGCGUCGAGGACAUGCUCGCUGGUCUCGACCAGACCCAACCCGGAGACGGUGAAUCUUGGGCCAACGGCAAGUCUCUGUGGGGAGACUCCCUUUCACGCUCCGUUCUGAACAGCAGCGUCCCCGUGGACCGCUUGAACGACGCCGUCACCCGUAUCGUCGCUGCUUGGUACCAACUCGGCCAGGACGUGAACUACCCUCCCGUUUCCUUCUCCAGCUGGACCACCAGCGACACUGAUGUCCUCUACAAGGGUGCCAACACCGGACCCAUCGUCACAGUCAACAAGCACAUCGAUGUUCGGGGCAAUCACGCUGAGAUCGCUAAGGCUGUUGCCAGGGAUGGUAUCACCCUCCUGAAGAACGUUGAUAACGCUCUGCCCAUCGCGGAGUCCGACACCAUUCGCGUAUUCGGCUCCGACGCUGGUCCCAACCCCAACGGUGGUAAUUCUUGCGUCGACCGUGGCUGCAACAGCGGUGUCUUGGGGAUGGGCUGGGGAUCCGGAACCGCGGAUUACUACCCCGACAUCUCAACCCCCAUCGCCGCCAUCAGUGCCCGUGCUGCCAACGUCCAGUCCAUCCUUAAGGACGACGUCACCACGGCGGUCAAGCAGAUGGCCGGCACCGCGAACUCCAAAUGCCUCGUGUUCAUCAGCGCUGAUGCCGGCGAGCGUUACAUCACCGUAGACGGCAACGAAGGUGACCGCAACAGCUUGUACGCCUGGCACAGCGGUGACGAGCUGGUCACCGCCGUCGCGGACGCCUGUCCCAACACUAUCGUGAUCAUGCACACCGUCGGUCCCAUCAUCGUCGAGAAGUGGAUCGACCAUCCGAACGUCAAAGCCGUCGUUAACGCUCACCUUCCCGGCCGCGAAGCCGGCUCAUCCCUCACCGAGAUCCUCUUUGGUGAUGUCUCCCCCUCCGGUCACCUUCCCUACACCAUGGGUAAGGCGGUUUCCGACUGGGGCUCCUCCGUUGCUCUCGUCACCCAAGGCUCCGGAAAGAUGGACAAUGAAUACACCGAAAAGGCCUACAUCGACUACCGCUGGUUCGACAAGCAGGGUAUCGCCCCACGCUUCCCCUUCGGCUUCGGACUCUCCUACACCGACUUCACCUACAGCGACAUCUCGAUCGAGACCGUCACGGCGCCCUCCGAGCUCCCGCCCGCCCGCGCCGCAAAGGGCGCCACCCCCGUCUACCCCACCACGAUCCCGCCCGCCUUCGAGGUCGCAUGGCCUUCAGAUAUCACCACGCGGAUCAGCAAAUACAUCUACCCCUACCUCGACAACCCCUCCACGAUCACCACGGGGGCAUACCCAUACCCAACGGGCUACACCACGACUCCCGCGCCCGCACCUGCCGCCGGCGGCGCACAAGGCGGCAACCCCGCGCUCCGCGACGUGAUCUACCGGGUGACCAUAUGCGUCCAGAACACUGGCGAGGUCACGGGCAAGGCCGUGCCGCAACUGUACCUCGAGUUCCCCAGCGGGAUAAAGUACGACACACCGAUCCGCCAGUUGCGCGGCUUCAAGAAGAUCGAGCUCGCACCUACCGAGGCGAAGCAGGUCACCUUCGAGCUCACUAGGAAGGAUCUGAGUGUCUGGGACGUCGUGCUGCAGAAUUGGGUUAUUCCGGGUGCUGGGGCUGGUGGAUAUACCGUUCAUGUCGGUGAUUCUUCCAGGAACUUGCCGCUCAGUAAGAAGACCACGGUGUAAUGGUAGAUAGUUGGCGGAGCAUGGAAGGUGCGUGAUGAGUGCUAUGUAUGACCGGUCUUUUGAGUCUAU